AUGUUGGAAACAUUAAUAACAACGGCAAGCUAUUUGCUAUUAGCUUGCCCCGUACACUCUUUAUCUAUCUUGCGGGCUGUAAAGCCCCCUCUACUAAACACUAGUAGCGAGACCAAACACGCAGACAGUUUCGCUCCGUGGGAUAAACUAAUUAGUGCACACUCGUUUCUUGAUCUUCGCAAGAAGGGAUCGCCUAAGUACUUCGCCGAUGUCGACCCGUAUAGCCAACUUAUGGCGCCCUACUGGAUUGUCUCGACUCACAAACCUUCUGGUCGCAAGACGCUAUAUGUUGGCAACUACCUGCACCACAUAGAGAACGCAGAUGGUACGCCACUACCGGAAGAAGAGAACGCAUUUCUCAUAAAGAAGCUGAUUAGUCAUGUUACGCGACCGGAGAAUGUACUGAGGCUAGAGUGGUACGACAAUGGAGAUAUGGUUGCUUGGGACAAUGUAUCCACACUGCACCGUACUACAGGGGGUAGCUAUGAAGGCAAGUUCACGCGCGACAUGCGCAGAACCACUGUCAAGGACAACAGCUCGGAGACUUGGGGCCUCAACUCGACAGCGGAAGUGCUUGCGACGGACGGUUUUAACCUCCAGAGCCCAGACCUUUUCAAGAAACAACUUAGUCGCACUAGUGUUAAUAACUACUACUAA